AUGAUCAGCCUAUCCACUGUCAGCACAGAAGGUCCUAAACCAACCGUCAUCGGGCUUUAUGGCAUUUCGGGCUCGGGCAAGUCGUUCCUGCUGAGCCAUCUCCGGCAGGAACUUGGUCACGUCGAGUUUGCUUUCUUCGAAGGGUCAGACAAGAUUGCAUCCCUCGUUCCUGGCGGCCUUGAGGCUUUCUACAAGCUGGAUGAGCAGUCCAAGUCAAAUUUCCGUGGCCAAGCGAUCGACGCAAUCCGGGAGGAGAGUGCUCACAGCGGGCGAGUCGCGAUCGUCACCGGGCACCUCAUGUUUUGGUCCGAGGAGCAUGCUGCCGCCCAGCCAGUCUACACUUCGAAUGACCUGCAAACGUUUACCCACACCAUCUACUUGAACAUCUCUGCCGAAGUCAUCUCGCAGCGCCGCUUGGAUGACAAGCUGAAGGACCGUACUCUCAUGCCUGUCGACCAUCUGCGCAAGUGGCAAGAGGCAGAGAUUUCUACGAUGCGCCAUCUCUGUCGUCAACAUCACAUCCUAUUUUCGCUUAUCUCCGAGCCCAAGACUUCAAUCCCGAGGAUCUCGACUUUGAUCCGGCAUUUUCGACAGCCCAUGACGAUCGAAUCCAAUCUUGCUCGCGUACGGGCUAGGCUCGAUGGAAUUCUUGCUCUUUCCGACCGCGACGACCUAGAGACGGUUUUGGUGAUGGACGGGGACAAGACUCUGGCGGCGGAAGAUACUGGCGCUUUGUUCUGGCAAACACUUGCUCAGACUCGACCAAGCUUGGGCAAAACAUGUCCUCUGCAAGAGCUCUUCAGCAGUCCUCUGGGCUAUUCAGAUGCCGCAUUCCAUCAAGCAACCUUGCUGUACGAAGAGGCAACCGACGAUGAACAGUUCGGGAUAAUUUGCGACACUGUGGCUUCGUCAGUAGUGAUGCACCCGGAAAUUGUUUCCCUCUUGCGACUUGUGGCAGACCAGAAGCACAUUCGUGCCCUGGUCGUUACAUGUGGUCUUGGUCGCGUCUGGGAAAAGGUUUUGGAGAGGCACGGAUUGUCGAAGUCGGUCGACGUGAUCGGUGGAGGCAGAAUUUCGGACGGAUUCGUGGUCACUGCAGCUGUCAAGGCUGAUGUCGUUUCUCAUCUCCGGAACGCGGCCCAUCUGUAUGUCUGGGCGUUUGGGGAUAGUCCCUUGGAUCUACCGAUGCUUAAGGAGGCUGACCAAGCUAUCGUGGUUGUCGGCGACAAGCGAACUAGGAGCUCGAGCAUGGAUGCUGCCUUGUCUAAGGCUAUUCAAGAUGAAGCCUUUCAAGCGCGACAAGUUCUGCUCCCGAAUUGGGCACCGCCGCGUCUGGACGAGGACAAGCUGCCUUUGAUUCGCCUCGAUGAUCAACAAUUCAUUGGGUCGAUGAUGCAUCGCCGCCGCUCCAUCAAGAUACUGCACGCCACGGACAGAAAUGCAGCAAAAUUGCUGACCUCCCCAACACGCGAUGCCGAGGUGGCCGGCCCUGCUUUGAGGGAAGCUCAUGGCCUUGAGUACACUAUUCCACACGUGCAAGGCCAUAAAACGACCGGUCACCGGCUGCGCAACGAACACCAAACCUCCAUCGUGGCGUUGAUGCGUGGUGGAGAAGCCAUGGCUUUUGGCGUCAAUGCAGCCUUCCCACAUGCAAUGUUCAUCCAUGCCGCAUCUGCGACGGACAUAAAAAGGCAUCACGUCGAUCGACAAUAUACUGUGAUCCUGGUGGACUCGGUGGUCAACAGCGGAAAGACACUGAUGGAAUUUGUUGAGCAUGUCCACAGCUUGAACCCCAGUAUCCGCAUUGUCGUUGUGGCCGGUGUUGUCCAAGCGGAGGUGGUUGUAGAGACGCAUGCGCUCGCCAAACUCAUGGGACAUUAUGGCGCCAGCAUCGUCGCGCUCCGAUUGUCGGAGAACAAGUUUACGGGAACGAAGACAACCGACACUGGCAAUCGACUGUUCAACACCACGCACCUGGCUUGA